UUUUUUUUUCUUCUUUUCUUUCUUUUUUUUUUUUCUCCCAAAGAAAAAUAUUUACAUUAUGGACAUUAUUGCAUUAUCGAUAAAAUCGCUUGAACAACAAACGAAAAGUGUGACAUUACCUCGCUCUGCUUCCGUUUUAGAACUAAAGCAAAAGAUUCAAUUGGAAUUUGACAUUGAUGGAACUCGACAACGUUUGAUAUUUCAAGGAAAAGUGCUUCGGGAUGGCAAGAAUUUAUCAGACUAUGAUAAUUUGGAUGACGGAAAAGUGAUUCAUUUGGUUGUUCGUCCUAUUGGCGUAGCUCAUAACCCUGAAAACGAUGAACCUUCAAGAAACUCACAACGACGUACAUCUACAAGACAUGAAGGAUAUGCUGUGAUUACAUUGGAUGCAACCUUAUCUGAUCUAGAAGAUGGCAAUUCUCUCAUGUCAACGAUUAUGAACAGUCUAUUACCACAAGGCGGCGAUACAUCACCUCGACUCGGAAGAGCUACUGGAUUAUUGCAUGCAUUAAGAGCUGCUCGAACCGAAUCUUCCAGACGACGAGCACCACCCAUAGAUCUUAUGGAAGAUGCAAGAACUUCAUCCAUUACACUCCCUGUGCCUUCUUCUGUGGAAAUGCGAUUAUCUAGAACAAUGUCUUAUAUCCGUGAAAUCAGAACCUUGUUAAAUACACCGAUUGUCGAAUCGGAUACAACGAAUCGAAGUACACGUCAUGCAUCCAUAGGAGCUAUACGAGAAUCGCGCGAAUUAUUACGACAAGAAGAGAAUCAUGCGGGUCAAGUAGGACUUGUAGUAGAAGAAUUAGCGGACCUGAUGUACUUAUUGAUACCAUGGUUACGAGAAAUGGGGCAUUCAUUACGCACGGAGGAAAAUGGAAGGACAAGUAGUCAACAAUUAGCUCAUGUCUUGAGAACUGCACGUAUUGUUCAAAUAUUGAGUUUAAUUCAUCAUUUCCUGGGUUCGGUUUUAGCCACGGCAGAAUUACAACCUUCACCCAGUACUACUGCUACUUCUGCAGCAGCAACAAACGUGCCAGAGACUUGGUCACCGAUUCAAAGACCUCCUCCACCUCCUCCUCCUUCUACCGGCUCGUCAUCAUCAUCACCAGCAUCGUCAUCAAAGAGAAAACAAUCAGAGGAUCCUUCUUCUUCGUCAUCAUCUCAGCAACAACAGAAAAAGACAAGGGAAUAAAAUAACAGUUUUUUUUUUUUUUCGACAAGUAUAUAGUUUUUAUUUUUUUUCUUUUACUUUUACAAUUUAAAAAGAAUGUUCCGAAUAAUAAUAAAACGAGGUUAUUCUACAGAGGGUUGUCGUAUUGUAGAGAGUUUACGACGACAAUAUCAACAAAAAAAGACACAGCCUCUUAAUUCCAAGGAAGGCCAUUCUCGUUUGGGUUAUACCUCACCGAAUGAAAUUUUUAUCAAUAAUGAGUUAAACCUGAACAAGA